UCAUUGACACGUAACGUCAUACGUCAUGUUUUGACGUCCGCUUGACAGAUCACAGUCGAACGCAACGUUUCGUCUGGCGUCGUUAUAUUUUCACAUCCCUAUUUGGGUCAUGUUAACAAAUCAUUGACCAAACUUUAAACUAUUUCGUUCCAGACUCUGACGAUGAUAUAGAUUUAAGUACAUUAAAGAAGUUAAAAUGUAAAUCGGAUAAAAGGAUCAAAAAGGAAAAGCAUAAAAUUGAGAUAACAGAUUCGGAAAAAUCGGAUUUUCGAACAGCGGAUAUACGGAAUAUCGUCAAAAUAAUAGUGAUGUACUCCACCUCAACACCCUUCAGAUGGUCCUACAGCAAAUAUAUGUGUUUUUUCUGUGACAAAGUUUUCAUCAAAAUAUCCGAACUGAAACAGCAUAAUUACGAACAUUUUGAGACAAAAUUGGAUGACGCAUUAAAAUGCAUCAAUACAGAGACGAAAGUAAAAUUGGAAAUCACAGACUUGGCCUGCAAAGCUUGUCCAAAAGAUAUGCAAACAUUAGAUGAUUUUCUAGAUCAUGUCACAAUAACACACAAACAGAACUUUAAUAACGCCGUACGUUGUUCCAUCUUCGCUUUUCGAAUUACGGAUUCUGAGGCGCCAUGCCCAGAAUGUCAUCAAAAUUUCACCUUUUUCGGAAAUCUAUUGUCACACGUCUACAAGAAUCACCUAACAUCCGGCCCUUUACUCUGUGACUCCUGUGGCAAGGGUUUUUUGACGAAAUUCAUGUUGAAAAAACAUAUAAAGUUAACGCAUAGUAACACUGAGUACAGCUGUCAAAAGUGCAAUCAAACAUUCAGGACGCAUGGCGCGUAUUCGUACCACAGACUAUCGCACAAGGGCGAAUUCCCUUGUCCGCAGUGUACCGAAAAGUUCCCUUCUUGGUAUCUUCGUAAACGUCACAUUGCAUUUGUCCAUGACAAGACCUUGCAAAUCUCCUGCGAAUUGUGUUCGAAGAAAUUCGUGAAAUAUAACUCUUUAAAAUGGCAUUUAAUGUCCGUACAUCACAAUGAUAAACCAUUUUCGUGCGAAAUGUGUGACUUUAAGUGUAUAAAUAAGACAUAUUUGAAGCGACACAUGGUUAGCCAUUUGGAUACAAGGCCAUUUCAGUGUCAUAUUUGUGUAAAAUCUUUUCAGCGGAAGGAACAUUUAGAAACACAUGUACGUAUACAUACAAACGAUAAGCGGUUUGUAUGUAAGGAAUGUGGGAAGGGAUUUGUGCAAGUGACCGGUCUCAAAGUACAUGUAAGAGCGCACCAUUCGAAGUCUGAUACAUAAGCCACGCAAUUGGGUUUUUGAAAAAAAAAUAUUGAUUUUUUUUAAUGUAUUUUAAAACUUUAUUGU